AUGUCUAACAACCCCCCAGUUUACACCACUUCGAGCGGCUGUCCCAUUUCGGACCCAUUUUCCACACAGAGAAUAUCUGUGGACACUGAAGGUUACGAGUAUAAGACUCCUGUUGGUCCGCUUCUUUUACAAGACUUCAAGCUGAUUGACUCGUUGGCGCAUUUCGACAGAGAGAGGAUUCCAGAGAGAGUUGUGCAUGCCAAGGGUGCCGGUGCGUAUGGUUAUUUUGAAGUCACUGAAGACAUUUCUGACAUUUGCAGUGCCAAGUUUUUGAACAAGGUUGGCAAGAAGACUAAGAUUUUCACCAGAUUUUCCACUGUUGGAGGAGAAACGGGUUCUCCAGAUACCGCCAGAGACCCUAGGGGGUUUUCGACCAAGUUCUACACCGAGGAGGGAAACCUCGACUUGGUUUAUAACAAUACUCCGAUUUUCUUUAUUAGAGACCCAACCAAGUUCCCACAUUUCAUCCACACGCAAAAGAGAAACCCACAGACCCAUUUGAAGGAUGCCAAUAUGUUUUGGGACUAUUUGACCAACAAUGUGGAAUCCUUACACCAGGUGAUGUAUCUCUUCUCCGAGAGAGGCACUCCUGCAUCAAUGAGAACAAUGAAUGGUUAUUCUGGCCAUACUUAUAAAUGGUACAAUGCCAAGGGCGAAUGGCACUAUGUCCAAGUGCAUUUUAUUUCCAGACAGGGAGUCCACAAUUUGAACAAUGAACAAGCUGGAAAACUGGCUGGUGAAAACCCAGACUACCAUACCCAAGAUUUAUUUGAAUCAAUUGAAAAGGGUGAAUACCCUGUUUGGGAUUGUUAUAUCCAGACCAUGACGUUGGAACAGGCCAAGAAGUUGCCAUUUUCAGUAUUUGACUUGACAAAGGUUUGGCCUCACUCGGAUUUCCCACUAAGACAUUUUGGUAAGUUUGUUCUUAAUGAGAAUCCGCAAAACUACUUUGCCGAAACCGAACAGGUUGCAUUCUCCCCAUCCAACACUGUUCCUUCAAUGCAGCCAUCCAAUGACCCUGUUUUACAGUCUAGGCUGUUUUCCUACCCAGACACUCAUAGACAUAGAUUGGGACCUAAUUUCCACCAGAUUCCAAUCAACUGUCCCUUGAAAUCCGGGUCAUUUGCGCCUCAAAUUAGAGACGGCCCAAUGUGUGUUGACGGGAACUUGGGCGCAACUCCUAACUAUGCCGGGGCUUACAAUUGUCCCGUACAAUACGCAGCACCUGCAAAGAUUUCUCCAAAGGGAACCGAUGAAAAGUACAUUGACGAAGUUGUACCUGUUCAUUGGGAAAUUACCGACUACGAUUUUGUCCAGCCAGCAAAGUUUUGGGACGUUUUAGGCCGCACUCCUGGUGAACAAGAAGCUCUAGUUCAUAAUGUUGCUGCACACGUGAGUGCCGCAAAACCAUUUAUCCAAGAACGUGUCUGUGAUUACUUCUCCAAGGCCAACCCUGUUAUUGGCAAGUUGAUCAAGGAAGAAUUGAAGAAACUCGCCAAGUUGUGA